GGGGUGCGCACUGAAGCCGUUGUUGUGUGUUGCUGCUGGGGGACAGGCAGAGCUGCCAAGGUCGGUGAAAGUACUGCUGAGACCAAGACUUCGGUCCAUAACACCCUUAAAAGUAUUACCUCAAGAGACAUACAGGGAUAACGAGAAAGCGGAUGAUAUAGACAGCAACCCGAGGUCCUCCACCAGAGAAGGUUUGCUGGAAUGGGUAACCUGCUAAAAGUCCUAACAAGGGAAAUAGAGAACUAUCCACACUUUUUCCUGGACUUUGAAAAUGCACAGCCGACAGAAGGAGAGCGUGAGGUGUGGAACCAGGUGAACUCAGUCCUCCAGGACUCUGAGAGCAUCCUGUCUGGGCUGCAGGCGUACAAAGGAGCGGGCCAGGAGAUCAGAGAUGCAAUUCAAAACCCCAGCGACUUCAUGCAGCAGGAGCGAGCCUGGAACUCAGUCUGCCCACUGGUCAUCAAACUCAAGAAGUUCUACAGUUUCUCUAUCAGAUUAGAGGAGGCUCUGAAGAGUUUGUUGGAGUGCCUGACAUGUCCGCCCUUCACGCCCACUCAGCACCUGGAGAGGGAGCAGGCGCUGGCCAAACAGUUCGCUGAGAUCCUCCACUUCACUCUGCGCUUUGAUGAGCUGAAGAUGAGAAUUCCUGCCAUCCAGAACGACUUCAGCUACUACAGAAGAACCAUCAAUCGAAACCGGAUCAACAACAUGAAUUUGGACAUUGAGAAUGAAGUCAACAAUGAGAUGGCCAACAGGAUGUCUCUGUUCUACGCCGAAGCCACGCCCAUGCUGAAAACACUCAGCAACGCGACCACGAACUUUGUGACAGAGAACAAGACUCUUCCACUGGAGAACACAACAGACUGUCUGAGCACCAUGGCCAGCGUCUGUAAAGUCAUGCUGGAGACGCCGGAAUAUUCGAGUCGUUUCAGCAGCGAGGACACACUCUUGUUUUGCAUGAGGGUCAUGGUCGGAGUCAUCAUUCUUUAUGACCACGUCCACCCCAACGGCGCCUUCAACAAGUCCUCCAAGAUCGACAUGAAAGGCUGCAUAAAAGUCCUGAAGGACCAGCCGGCAGACAACGUAGAAGGCCUCCUGAAUGCCCUCAAGUUCACCACGAAACACCUGAAUGACGAGUCCACUCCGAAGAACAUCCGGACGAUGCUCCAGUAAUGCUUGUUCUUUUUUUAUAUAAAUAGAUAUGAAGAGGAUCAAUGCUCUGACCUCAAAUAAGAUGUAUAUGUUUACAUUAUUUAAAAAGACUUGAUGUUAAUACUUGUGUGUAUUUGCAUAGUCAUUCCCUCCAAGCUAUUGAAAUCUGUAGAACGUCUACCUUCUUCUUCUUCUACUUUGCAAAAAAAAGUAUGAAAGCAUCACAUGAGUUGCCUCUAUGGUUAAGAGCUGUCAAAGCACAAAUGAUGGAUGCCUAUCAGCCUUAUAUAGUAACUGAGCUUUGCAAGCAGCACUUGGACAGAAAUGAAAAAGGCAGCAUAAAAAUGUCCUUUGAUGACUCUCUUCAAUCUUUUAUUUGACAAUGGAAUUAAUUUAGUGUACAGGUUGUCGUCAAAUGCAGCUUGAUUUUUGAAGCAAGAUAAAUCUUUUUUGGUAAGAGUGAGCGUUUUUAAAUCCUGACGCAGGUUCUCAUUUCUAUCAGUGAAAAUUCAUCAAGUAUUAAAACAAGUGAAGUUGUUUCUGGGUUUUCACUUGAGAUUUAAUGACAAUAUGAAAUCAAUGUAAAGAUGGAUGUCGCAGUGAAGGGCUAGAUAUUGAGAGCAGAUAAGGGAUUGAUCAGUUUGAUGUACGUAUUGCUAAAAGCAUUUGGGUGUUUUCUCUUGCAUUUGUCUUGUUUUUAGACUCCAACCUUGUGCAACUGUUCAAAUAAAUCCACUGUGAACAUAAGACUUACUUUGCACAUCCAGUAAGAUCCAGUGUGUCAAAGUGUGCUUUAACUUGGAGGUUUUGCUGAGUUAGAAGGCCUUGAUGAUGAAACCCGAAACCCACCAAAUGUAUUAUUUCAUUGUUUCGUCGCAUGCUUUGCCAUGUUUUAAGUGACAUUUUGUGGCUUUUGUAUUAAACAGAAAAUGCAUUUUGCUAAAAAGGCCAAAAAGUCUUUAAUUCUGAUUAAAUGACGUGCUUCUUCAAAGGAACACAUUUUUAAAGAGAAUACUUUUUAUCUCUUCCUUAAAGUUUUUCAUUCUUUUUAAAAAAGACUCUGUUUAGCCCUCUAGAAAUAGACCCAGAUGGGUCUUCACUGGCGAGGUUUCCUUUUUAAACAUGAACUUUGAUGUUGUUUAACAUGUUAAAAACUACAUUUUCAGUUUAUUAAGCCUUCUAUACAUCAAACUACACCCAGGACCGUUUCAUCGCCUCAGAAUUUGAAAUAACAAACACUUCGAGCUUUGCCUGAAAUUGGACUGCUGGUUUAAGAUUUAAUGGCUUGUAAAACUUCUGUUUGCCUUCACCUCUCGUGUUUAUGAUCAUUAUCACUAAUCAUAGCCAAUAUGAGGAUCUGUUGUCUAUCACUGAUAUCACCCGUCAUCCUACUAACAUCUCGACGUGGAUAUUCCUGACAGUCGCUAACAUUAACCUCACCUGGUCAGACAAUCUCAUCAUCCACGACUGCUGUACGCUGCUGUACGUUCAGCUGUGGCUCAUUUUUACUGUUAUAUCUGAAAGUCGAUGGAUAAGCAAGUCAUGAACACUUGGACCCGUUGUUAAGACACGUGUUAUAAAACCCUCUACUAACUGAGCAGAUGUCUUCAAUAUGGAAGUGUGUGUGUCUCAUCAUCAUGGAGCACAACAUUGCCUUAAAGACGUAACCUGUGAAACCUGUAAGACAAUACAGAAGUACUUUCUCUUUAUUUCAUCCAUAAGCCAUAUAUAUAAAGAACAAUACACAUCAACAUCCAGUUAAUUAACAGAUAUCUACUGUUCAGUCUGUUGUUUAUUUUUUGACCCUCUUGUAUUUAGUAAUAUAUACGUGUGUGAGCCAUACUUUGAAUGCAAUGUUUUAUAUGCAAUGAGUGAAAACUGUACAUGGACGAGACUUGGAGCGAGGUGUACGUAUGAUACGGAUAUUUCAUAUCUGACUGAAGUAGCUUUUUUUUUUUUUUUUAAAUGAAAAAUCACAUCUUCUGUCAUGAUUGAUGUACACAAAGCUUCCCUCUCUGCCCAGGAUAUGCUACUGUGUGUCGAAUCCAACAUGUUGUUCUGAAUACUGGGACAAAAUCAGUUUGUUCUUUUUUGUCUUAAACUGACAGCUCUUGUUUAAUAUUUUUGGAGCUCAGACUUAUUGUUUAUAUAAAUUGCUUUGGCUUUGUAUUGCGUAUUGAAUGGGAUGUGUGGAUUGGAUAAUAAAGGUGGUACAUUUCUUA